CUUCCAGGGCGCAAAGCAUCUCUCCGCCGCCUCAAUCAUUUCCGCCUUCUGUUACACAUCCAAUGCUUAAUCACUUCGACCCUCGAGGGUUUCACUUCGGCACCACUCCUCCCGCCAAUAGUCGCGACCUCACUUCGCGAGAAUAUCAUCAUUUCUAUCCUCACGCAAUUCAUCCCUCUUCAAGUUCGAACACGUCUUCUUUAUGCCACUCGCAUAAUCCACACACCACUCAAACUGUCUAUAACCCCCAUUCGUUACAACGUGAUAGCCCUGUUACAGAUUCAACUUCACAACAACCGCCUAUUAUCAACAACUGGAUCUCAUCCUCAUCUUCGAUGUCAAUGAGCAAUGCCACCGGUGCGGCUUCAACUACUGUGAUGCAUGCCCAUCAUCACGCUCAUCCGAAUAAUAUGUUUAUAGUCCCCCAUCAAAUGUCUACCGGCACCGGUGUGGCCUCUCAAACUCACUCACACUCUCAACACGCGCAUGGAAGUCAAAAUAUGUACAUUGUACCGUCCAUGUCUCUCGUGCAUGCUAAUUGCUCCUCUCCCUCGACUUCUCCAUCAUCGCUAUCACAGGCAUCACUUUCGCCGCUUUCUCAAACCUCCCUUUCACCACUCUCACAAACUCCUCAAACUCCUGUGCACUCCCCUUCUUCCCGGCUCACCAUGAAUUCUCCCUCACGCGUCGCCUCAAAAUUACUAAGCUCCCCUUCCACGCUGUCCCAUUCGCUUUUCCCCGAAUCUCACCUAAGUCCAACAAGCUCCGACCCGCGAUCGCUUAUCUCAAACUCGAACUUAUACUUACCGCCGGCAAUCUCGAGUUCAUCUUCAAGUUCAUCUGCGAAUUCCCCUUCAUCACCCUCGCGCAAUAAACAUAAAUGCGAGUGGCCCGGUUGCACGUGGAGCUUUAAACGACUGGAACAUCUGAAACGACAUAACCUCACCCACACUGGAGAACGUAAAUACAAAUGCGAACAUCCCGGCUGUGGUAAAAAGUUUGGUAGGUCGGAUAACUUUGCUGCGCAUCUAAAGACCCACAACAAAAAUUGCAAUGCCGUAAAUAAUGGAACUAAUAAUGGA